UCUGAGCGAGGUGAAACAUUUAAGCCCAGGUUUGGUAGAGAGACAAUCUGUCGAAGUUUAGCUUCUCUUCAUUUCACUGCUUUGUUUAAGUUAAUGCUCUUAAGGGCCUUUUUAGUAGGGACAAUUUGACAGCCUUUCCACAAACGGGACCCCACCAUGGGAUGCCUAUCAGUCACGCAUAAGCUGUGUAUCUCAAUUUGUUUGGGUUUUUUGGUGUACACGGCUGCAGAAAGACAGUACUUCACCAUUUCCCACAACACCACCUGGGAGCAGGCCAGGAACCACUGCCAGGUCUGCUAUAAGGAGAUGGUGACUCUGACUCCAGAAAACACCCACAUCGUCUCCAAAAUGGCCAACUCCGACCACUGGAUUGGCCUUCGCAAGUAUAUAAACUACAAAGGAACCAGUAACAACGAUACGCCCUGGACAGGGUGGGCCAACGGGGAUCCACUUUUCUUCCAGAACUGGUACCCCGGCUGGCCGGUGUUUAAAUCCCCUCUGCCAAAGAUUGACUGCUGCAGCUGCUCUUGCACCUGCCCGGUUCUCAACAGUACAACCACCAGCCCACCAGCUAGAUUUUCCAUCUACACAGGUUCAAACACAGCCUCAAUGGUAACAAGCAACACUGAAGUGACCAGCGAUGAGGGCACCAGUGCAAGCAACACUGAAGUGAACAGCGAUGCGGGCACCAGUGCAAGCAACACUGAAGUGAACAGCGAUGCGGGCACCAGUGACCCUAGAAACACCACGAGCUCGCACUCACUCUGGUCGGCCACACCGCAGCCGCCUGUCAUUUCAACAUGCGAAAGAGCUCCUAUGUGGCCGCCCAUCAUUCCAGAGAAUAAUAAAAACUACAUUGAAAACUCCUGUGUGGUCAUACUCAGAUUUGGGCCUUGGGUUGAAAAGGAAUGCUCGGAAAAGCUACCUUCCAUUUGUUAUGAAGACCGCUUCAUGGGGAGUGUCACCAUAUCCAAUAUCACAGCCUCCUCUGCAGCUCUGAUGUGGGAAAAGGGGCCUGGUGACAUCAGCAGCUAUCGCUUAGUGGUGCUCUCUGCUAAAGGGGACACGAAUAUUACCAAAACCCUCAAGAAUUUGAGCUAUGACCUUGAGGGUCUCAUUGCAGGCACAGGCUAUGACAUCCAAGUGUUUCCUGUGAAGUGUGGCAGGGACCUCAACCCACAGAACGGCACUUUCUACACCAUCCCUGGGAAGGUGGAGAACCUCACUGUGACCAAUUAUACAGAAACAACUGUCACUCUGAUUUGGAAGAAGCCUGAAGGGAACUACGGCUUCUUUAAAGUUACAGCUCAUUCAAACUAUGUAGACACUGAGUCAAUCGUUAAGGACAACAUAACGGCAGAAAGUUUGGUGUUUGAUGGUCUGACACAGGGAAACAAUUACACUUUCUUUGUCACCACCGGGGUGGAAGACAGGACCAGGUGGAGCGAUAUCGCAACUAUAUCAGAAUGUACCAGUCCCAGCAAGGUGUCCAAGCUGGAAGCGUUUGAUAACAGUGACACACACCUCAAGCUCAAGUGGGAGCCGCCAGAGGGAAAUUACACAGGAUUCGAAGUGAAAGCCAUGGAUAGAAAUUUGUUGGACCUGCAGGCUAAUGUGACUUAUCCGAAGGAUCUCCUUGCCAAACCUUUUGAAGUUGAGGUGAAGGGCCUGCCAAAUGGAAAACAGAUUAACUUCAAUGUGACGGCCAUCAGCAUUUGUAAAUUGAACGGAGCCACUGUACAUUUUACAACAUACACUGCUCCAGGACCCGUCUCAAAUCUGACCUUAGCAGCAGGUCCUGAAUGGGUUUCAGCCAAUUGGAGCUUUGAUUCUAAACAUGGAGAAGUUUCAAACUUCACAGCCGUGCUUUCACACAGUGGACACCUAGACCAAGAAAAAAACAUAACAGCAUAUAAUGUGACAUUUAAAGAUCUGAAAACUGCUACCAGAUAUACCGUGGACGUCUAUGCCGUCACUAACAAUCUGCGAAGUCCAAAGACGACAAAUUUCAUUUUUACCUCCCCAUCUCCUCCUACUGACGCCAAGGUCCUCAACAGUACAAAAGACUGCCUCAACUUUACAUGGACUGCCCCAAAAAACUCAUCAGCACGUGAAUAUAUCUGCAACAUCAAGUCGGAUUUCUGGAACACAGACAAUAAUAAAACAGUCAAUGAAACCCACUGCAAGUUUACGGGCUUGAAGUCAGGAAGCACCUACAACUUUCAGGUGUUCACCCUGAGCGACAACACGACCAGUCAACCGGCGAAGUGCAGCGGGACCACGGUUGAGGAUCCAGUGGAAAUCGAUCUGUCAAUGCUCUGUUCCUCAGAAGCAACUCUGCAUUGUGACAAAGGCGAAACCAGGGAUAAAGUAUUUGACGAUAUGAAAACAUAUUUUGAGAAAGAGCUGGGACAACACGUUUACUAUAAACUCCAGAAGGGCAGUUCAACUUAAAGAUGUUAUGGAAGUUUUAAAGUUUGAUUUUUGAAACUCUAUUUGAGAAUUAGACAUGGUAAGAAACAUUAAAUGAUAACAUAAACCUUUUGUUAUGGAGUACUGAGGAACUUGUUAAGAAAAAGCUGUUUAUAAUUUUCUGUUAGUUUGCAAGUAGUUUUUAUACAUUUUCCAAACAAGCCAAGGUCUUUUCUACAGCGUAGAGCAUUCUUUUUAAAUAGCUUUGAUCCGAUCUUUAGCCUUUUUCUGAGGAAUUUUCCUUCAGUUUGUACAGCGCCCAUUCACAACAAAUAUAAUCUCUUACUACCGUGCACCUUAAAUCCAAUUCCCAUCCAGAUGAUCCAUCCAGACAUGUAGAACUGUUCAAGCUGACCUGCAUAAAGCUCUGGUCUGUACAAUGUCUUAAAAACAAUAAAAAUCCAAACACACUCCACAUGUAUAUUAGUUUUAUUUUACUUUCAUGAUAUUUUUUUUCUCUCAUUUACAGAGGAGUUUUAUGUACAGAAAAAGAAAAAAUUGAGCAGUCUGAUCACAUUGAAAAGAGAUUUGUUAUUAAAAAAUAAUGUGAGUCUAUUAAACUUAAAACCCACUGCAACAACAUGGUAGUGUUAGCAGUGCUGCUGAUGGAAUUCAAAGUGGUUAGAUUAUCUAACGACUGAUUUAGGACAGUGAACAAACCGUAUCAUGUUAAUGCCUUUGUUAUAUUUAAAGCAGGCAGAUGUGAGGCCUCUGCAAUAGCUUUCUCUAUGCCUUAAAUCCAUCUCCAAAUCAUGAAAGCAAUUCCUCUAUUUAUGUUUUAUCAGUUGUAUUUUUACUAGUUUCAUAUCACAUAUCAUAGGUAAACCACAGAGAGGAGCAGCCUGUUUUAAACAGCAAUAGCAGCUGCUCCACCAAAGAAAAAUACCUAGAGAUGCUAUCUAGGGGUCUGUUUCAUGAAGCAGGUUUAACAAACUCUGAUUCAAAUCAACAUUUCUAAAUUGAUCUAGCCUAAAGUCAGGA